UUGGCGCUCUGGCCGCUGCCACACUGCGUGUAGGGAAAAUGAUGGAGUCCGGGAAAUCUUCGGAGCACUCUCUGCACAGCGCCUCCGAGGCGUCAGCGGACUCCGGCAGCCAGCCCCACAGCGACACAUCCGCCAUGUCAUCGUUAACGCCCACAAAGCGGGAGCGUGAGCGCCGCAAAUCCCCGGCUACCAGUUCGGACAACACAAGCACUAGCGUCCAGCCGCCCAUGUCGCCGUCAUCCUCGGUGGCGGACACCACCUUCGAGCCCACCAUCGAUAUGAUGGUCAAUGAUUUUGAUGAUGAGGCCACCUUAAACGAGGAGGAGGCCCUGGCAGAUCAAGAGGCACACAGCGCCGAGGAUGAGAUAGCCACGCUGCGCGAGGAGAGCGAAAUGCCCAUUGAGGAGCUGUUGGCUAAGUACGGUGGGAGCAUGGCGUCCUCACCGGCAGUGAGCAGUUCAAAUCGCUCGGGCAGCUCCACACGAAGGGCGCGACGUGCUACCAAGCGGCAGUACCAGGAGCUGGACACAGAGACGGCAAACACUUCAGGCUCGGGCGUUGCCGUGCACUCAGAGAAAACAAGCAACGAGUUAGAGCAGCUACGAGAAAAGGAGGAAGAGCCAGUGCUGGAAGCGGGAGAAGCUUCCAUGGACACUGAUGAAGCGCCGCUACAGCUGCCACCGCCGUCGUCUGAAGGAGGCACCAGGAAGCCACAUCGCUCGCACUUGCUCGACCUGUAUCCGGAGGAGUCCUUUGCAAAUCUAGCGACCACCAGCACCGAGGACGUUGAACGAUUCACACCGCUGCAGACGCUAUUCGAUGAAGUGGAAGCCGACGAGGAGGAGGAGGACAGCGAGUCUGAGUCGAUGGACGAUGCCCGAAAGAUCAUAAUGGUGGGCAACGACUAUCAGGCGGAAAUACCCGAGGGUCUAUCGCAAUAUGGCGACAUAUUGCCGUAUGAAAACGAGGAUCAAUUGAUCUGGGAGCCCAGCCAAGUCAGUGAACGCGAGGUGGAGGAUUAUCUGGCCAAGAUUCAGGAAACGCGACCCAUAGUUCCGCCCGAGGAGGACACCGAAGCUGUGGCAGGCGAUGAAGCUUCUGCGGCAGCAAUAACUACAGGCGAGGCAGCUCCGCCCCCCGCUCCUCCUCCGACCACGCCUUCUAAGCCUCUGCCUGCGGGCGAUCAGGAAUCUGUGGUAAAGGACAACGAACAGGCGCUACAUCUGCUCGUUCAGUGCGGCUACGACUUCAAGGAGGCGCUGCGUCGCAAGCGUAUGAACGUUCUGCCCCUUAGCAGCGACACCAUGAGCAGUUGGUCGGAGGACGAGUGCCUAAAGUUCGAGGAGGGCAUCCAUAAGUUCGGCAAGGACUUCCUCCAGAUACGACAGAACCAGGUGCGCACGCGAACCAUGCGCGAACUGGUCCACUUCUACUAUCUGUGGAAGAAGAGCGAGCGGCGGGACCAGAGCUUUGCCCUAAACGACACCAUCGAUCACAUGGACGUCUUUAUCAAUGAAGCGGGAGCUGGGAAUGAGAAUGGCAACGGGCUUGGCAACGGCACCGGUAAUAGUAAUGGCAGCUGCUCACCGCACAGCAGCAAUGGUCACGGCAAUGGCGAGCUUGUGGCCUUGGAGAAAGAUCCACCCGGCGUUAGUCCACGAAAGUCCGGCUCUAAGAAUUAUUCCAUCAUGACGGGAGGCCAAGCGGCUGCGACGCCACAAACAAGUGGAAAUCGCAAGCGUGGCACAUCCGCCUCGCUACCGCUGGAAGACGAGGAUAACAACGUCGAGGUGGAACCAAAUUUGGCUGCUGUGUGAAAGACGACAUCAUCGCCAUUAUCAUCAUUAUCAUCAUCAUCAUCGCGAUCAUUACCGGGCGCAGGCGCUGGACCGGGCAACAUGACCAUUACCACUCAUUAUAAAUAUGCAUACUGUACGUGUAGAGUAUAGGCCAUAUGUCAAAAACAUAUAUAUUCCAGAUUCUUUAAUCGAAACAUCUCUCAAAAAUCCCAUAAAUGAAUUUCUUUAUUGUUAAGCGUGUGUUUUUGUGAUUUGUCUAUUUGUUACAUGUUCAUGUCUAGAUUCCGGAACCAAGUACUUAUCGCUUGCAUAAGAUACUAUAUAAGGUAUAUAUUUUGGCUCAAUCCUUGAGUUUCGUUAAUUGUCAAUAAAUGUAAUCCGUGUGUAUGUAA